AUGCAACGUGUUAUCGCUUUUGGUGGCUUUAAAUGCGCAUUCACGAAGUAUGCGCAACGAAGGACGUUCGUAUCUGCUCGUCCACCUAAAAUUCCUUUAGAAAAAGAAUGGGUUGAACUUGCUUUAAAAGAAUUAAAGGGUAAAGAUCCAGAAAAAGUGUUAACAUGGCAUACUGCUGAAGGGAUAGAGGUUAAGCCGGUUUAUACAAAAGCAGAUGCUGAACACAUUCAAUAUGAAAUUCCAGGAAAGUUUCCUUUUACAAGGGGACCAUAUGCUUCUAUGUAUACAUCUAGACCUUGGACUAUUCGCCAGUAUGCCGGAUUCAGUACUGUUGAAGAGUCAAAUGCGUUCUAUCGAAAAAAUUUGGCAGCAGGUCAACAAGGUCUUUCUGUUGCUUUUGAUCUGGCUACGCAUAGAGGAUAUGAUUCGGAUCAUGAACGUGUAUUGGGUGAUGUUGGUAUGGCAGGUGUUGCUAUUGAUUCGGUAGAAGACAUGAAGAUUCUUUUUAAUGGAAUUCCACUUAAUAAAAUGUCAGUUUCAAUGACAAUGAAUGGUGCAGUGUUGCCAAUUUUAGCAAUGUAUAUAGUAACGGGUUUAGAGCAGGGAGCUAAAUUAAAUGAAUUAGCUGGUACUAUACAAAAUGAUAUUCUUAAAGAGUUUAUGGUUCGAAAUACAUUCAUAUAUCCACCAGAACCAUCAAUGAGAUUAAUCGGUGAUAUUUUUGCUUACACUGCAAAGAAUAUGCCAAAAUAUAAUUCAAUCUCAAUAUCUGGCUAUCAUAUGCAAGAGGCUGGUGCUGACAAUGUUCUUGAAUUAGCUUUUACAGUCGCUGAUGGUUUAGAGUAUGCUAGAACAGGAAUUAAAGCAGGAAUGUCAAUUGAUCAGUUUGCUCCAAGAUUGUCAUUCUUUUGGGGUAUUGGAAUGAAUUUUUAUAUGGAAAUUGCAAAAAUGAGAGCAGCACGUCGUUUAUGGGCUCAUCAGAUUCAAGAAAAUUUCCAUCCAAAAAGUCAAAAGUCAUUAAUGUUGCGUACACAUUGUCAGACAUCCGGUUGGUCACUUACUGAACAGGAUCCAUACAAUAAUAUUGUUAGAACUACGAUAGAAGCAAUGGCUGCUACAUUAGGAGGAACGCAAUCCCUUCAUACCAAUUCAUUUGAUGAAGCAGUAGGUCUUCCAACAGAAUUCUCAGCCCGUAUUGCACGAAAUACGCAAAUAAUUCUUCAGGAGGAAGCAUUUAUUCCAAAGGUUGCAGACCCUUGGGGAGGUAGUUAUAUGAUGGAAAGUUUGACGAAUGAUAUUUAUUAUGCAGCGAGAGAACUUGUGGAGGAGAUAGAGAAAAUGGGUGGCAUGGCAAAAGCUGUUGCAAGUGGCAUGCCAAAGCUAAAAAUCGAGGAAAGUGCAGCUCGAAGACAGGCUAGAAUCGAUUCUGGUCAAGAGACAAUCGUUGGAGUAAAUAAAUAUCGGGUUGAAAAUGAUGCUGCAAUUGAGGUCCGUACUAUUGACAACACUAGAGUAAGAGAAGAGCAAAUUAAACGUAUAAAUAGUGUCAAGGCGGCGAGAGAUGAGGAACAAGCGCAAAAAGCAUUAAACGUUCUGGAAGAGUGUGCAAAAACACAAAAUGGAAACUUACUAGAAUUGGCUAUUGAAGCAUCAAAGGCGCGAUGUACUGUAGGCGAAAUAUCAUAUGCACUUGAAAAGGUCUGGGGACGCCACGAACCAACUAGUCGUGUUGCUAGCGGUGCUUAUAAGUCUGCUUAUGGAACUGCGGAAGAAACAGAAGAGACAAUGAAAUUAAUAGAGCAAACGAAAGAAAAAUUGGGUGUUAAUCCAAGAAUUUUGGUAGCAAAAUGUGGCCAAGAUGGACAUGAUCGAGGAGCCAAAGUAAUUGCUUCAGCUUUCAGUGAUUUUGGAUUUGAUGUAGAUCUAUCUCCAUUAUUUAGUACACCCGAAGAAGUAGUGCGUCAAGCAAUUGACAAUGACGUACACGUUAUCGGAGUUUCUUCACAAGCUGCUGGUCAUAAAACGCUGAUACCGGCACUUAUAAAUGAGCUUAAAAGACUUGGUGUGAAUGACAAAGUCGUAGUAGUUGGAGGCGUUAUUCCACAUCAAGAUUAUCAAUUCUUAUAUGAUGCAGGGGUGAGUUUAAUAUUUGGACCUGGCACUCAAAUUCCUAAAGCUGCUAAAGAAGUUGUUUUAAAAAUCCAAGAAAAUAUAAAAGACGAUCCCGUGACAUCUGAAAAAUCUGUUAAUUUACAUUAA